UCUCUCGUACAGCAACUGAACCACCCCAACGUGAUCAAGUACCAUGCAUCAUUUAUUGAGGAGAACGAGCUGAACAUUGUGUUGGAGCUGGCUGAUGCUGGGGACCUCUCCCGGAUGAUCAAGCACUUUAAGAAGCAGCGGAGGUUGAUUCCAGAGAGGACCGUGUGGAAGUACUUUGUCCAGCUGUGCAGUGCGCUGGAACACAUGCACUCUCGACGGGUCAUGCACAGAGAUAUCAAGCCAGCUAAUGUGUUCAUAACUGCCACAGGAGUGGUGAAGCUGGGAGAUCUGGGACUGGGAAGAUUCUUCAGUUCCAAAACCACCGCUGCCCAUUCUCUAGUGGGCACCCCCUACUACAUGUCUCCAGAGAGAAUACAUGAAAACGGAUACAACUUCAAAUCUGACAUCUGGUCGCUAGGCUGCCUGCUCUACGAGAUGGCAGCUCUCCAGAGCCCGUUCUACGGUGAUAAGAUGAACCUGUACUCUCUUUGUAAGAAGAUAGAGCAGUGUGACUACCCUCCACUUCCAUCCGACCACUACUCUGAAGAGCUGAGAAAGGUGGUAGAUAUGUGUAUUAACCCCGACCCAGAGAAGAGGGCUGACAUCAUAGACGUGUAUGAUAUUGCCAAACACAUGCAACGCCAGACGCAGCUGGGCAGCUAAGUCUUCACCGGAGACACACUACGACCUGCACUCCUCUCCAAUCUUCCUCUCCUCUCCUCCUCUCUUCCCUCACCUCCACAGAAGGACAGGCAGACAUCGAUGUUGUCUUUCACACAAUCAUGUAUGCAGAAGUUCAGUUGUUCAGAGGUCUCUGUAAUGUUAUGGUUGUUUUUGUUUAUGAGAAGGGAGUGCUGUCUAUGUCCCAGAUAUGUCCUCUAUCUAUUCCCAUUGAGCUUAAAGAUGGCUGCAGCUAAGAAUCUGUACAUGUUCUGUUGGUGCCCCCUG